AUGGCGCGGGAGCGCGGGGAGAUUGUGAACGAGCAGCUGCUGGAGAUUAUUUCGCUAGCGGAGGCGGUCGAAGCAGAGUUGCUGCAGUACCAGCAGGCGCUGCCUCUCCUGUGCGCGCUGCGAAGCAAGGGCAUGAAGGACCGACACUGGCGAGAAGUGUCGCUGUUGGAGCCGACUCCUCACUGGAUCCACCCCUACCGCCGAAACAUUCCGUCCGACCUCGCCGAUUCAAAAACUUUUUCCACUGAAGUGAACCAAGUACAGGCGAAUGAGGAGGGUGGAAACCCUGCGACCGGCAUCCCCGAAGUGGAUCGCUUUUUCUCCACGAGAGGUUUUUGCGCGGUUACUACAACAGGGGCGGAAACGGAUCCGAACGACGUGGAAGAGUUUUUCUCCCUAUCGUCUGUAAUCAAGAGGGGCGGAGUGCUGUUCGGUUCUCCCAAGGAACGCGCCGUGAUUCAGAUCGCUUACCGUGCGGACCAGGAACGCGACAUGGAAUUCGAAUUGUUCGAAAUGUUCGCUCAGUGGGGCUGUUACGCGCCGUUUUGUCCUUCUCCGAGCGGAGGCGGGGCGGCUGAGGGAGCAGCUACGACGGUCGCUAGUACAGGGAAUCACGACCUUCACACAGGUUUGGCGACUGGGUCGCCCGCCGGGGGGGGCACUGGCUCUCGCCCUUUUGCCGCUGCUGCUGCGGUGGAAGAGUGUCUCUUGUUUCAAGACUUUUUCCAGGGGGCAAAGGUGAAGCCGUCCAGCAUUCCCGCCAUUUUAAAGCGGAAGGUAGCCGAGCGCCUGCUCAAACGCCAAGACGAGGAAUUUCAAAAGGGUGUGCCUCUGCAGCCUGCGGGCAGCGGAACCGGCACUGCAGGGGGGCCGGGUCCUCUGCAAGGCGACAUUGCUGCCGCGGUGGAGAAAAGCUUGGUGCGAAAGAUCGUGGAGCUCGAGGUGCUAGCGGGAGAGGAGCUCGAAGCAGCGGAGAAAAGCUCCAAGGAGCUUCCGGGUACCAGUGCACCGGGCAGCCCGCGGUCUGAUGCCGAGGUUUUCAAUUUUGAUAACAGCAACCGGUUUCGCGCGUGGACCCUUCGGAACGGCGGCACGAUCGAGGCUUUGCUGCAGCGGCACGUGGGGCGCACGUCCGUGCUGCUCGCGAACGAGGAGUACAACUUGGCAUAUCGCGAUGAAAUUGUGACGUGGGACGGGGCCCUGAAGCGAGCGCUGCACUGCGUGCAAACCUGGCUGCGGGUGCAGGAGCUAUGGCGCAAUCUGGGGCCGGUUUUCGAUCACCUGGUCGCGGAAGGGUUGGACGAAGCGGAUCGUGGUACAGGAACUGUGAAUGAGGACGCGGCAAGUGCAGGCGGGGGCGCGAGGGGAGCGGCUGCUAUUCUACAGAAAAGUACACUUCUCAAAAGUGAUUGACUUGUGUUGGGGUUAUUUUCAGUGUCACAAACUAGGUCGCUUCGGUUUUUCUCUAGCAUCAGAAUUUCUUUUUGGUACCUCUUUAGUCGCCAACCCCAGCAUCACGAACUGCCAUUUUUCUGCAGGGAGGAACAUUGCCUCUCUGUGGGUCUCCGCAGUACAGAGGUUUUGAUGCCAUGAGUUUAGCAACACAAAAGCUCCCGUUUUUCUGGUAACUAUGGGUGUGCUUUUCUCUAGGAUAGCUGCCGUGCGCCAAGCGGAGCUCGAUGCGGAAGAGCAGGACUGGGUGUUGCAGCAGGCGCAGCGACAGUUCGAGAAAGAAACAGAGUUUUGGCAUUCGCUGAAGCACCAGGCCCUGCAGAGCCCCAACGCACUGGCGGCGCUGCUAGGGGUGAGUUUUCCGGAGCCAGACCUGUUGGCGCGGUUGCAGAAGUCGCAGCAAGUUCUGGAAGGCGUGCAGUACCAGGUGCGGAAAGCACUGCAGAGAACGCGAUGCCGGUGCGGUCGGUUGUUUUGGUUAGCGGAGGCAGAGCUGCUGCACCUG